AUGCAGCUUCUCAUUGCAGCAGGCUGGAGAGGCGGGCAGGCUCAGGCUCUUCCUUGCUCUCAUAUAGUAGAGCCAGAUACCCCAGAGCAGGUUCUGCUGCCCGCCUGGCGCAUCCUCUCCAGGAGGAGCAACCACCUGGCGAUGCAAAGGGAAGUGCCUUGCUGCCACGGUGUUUCUGCUGCUCAGUACCAUGUGGUGCAGCUUGCUAACAACAAAUCAGCUCUCUCCAGAUCAAAAUAUCAAGGUUCUGAGAAACAUGAAGGAACAGGUACUUCUUCUGGGAUUACUGAUCAGGAAAAGGAACUGUCAAGCAGUGCGUUACAAGCCUUUCAGGCUGGGAAUUACGAUGCUUGUUUACAGCACCUGAAUACCCUUCAAGACAUAAACAAAGACGACUACAAGAUAACUUUGAAUACUGCUGUUGCAGAGUUCUGUAAAAGUAACCAGACUACAACAGACAACCUGAGACAGACUCUUAACCAGCUGAAGAACCAGGUUCACUCUGCUGUUGAAGAAAUGGAUGGUUUAGAUGAUGUUGAAAAUAGCAUGCUUUACUACAAUCAGGCUGUUAUUUUGUAUCACCUGCGGCAGUAUACAGAAGCUAUAUCAGUUGGAGAGAAGCUCUAUCAAUUUAUAGAACCUUUUGAAGAGAAGUUUGCCCAGGCUGUGUGCUUCUUGCUUGUAGACUUAUACCUGUUAACUUAUCAAGCUGAGAAGGCCUUACAUCUACUUGCUGUUCUAGAAAAAAUGAUUUCACAGGGCAACAAUAACAGCAAGAAUGGAAAAAGUGAGUCAGGUAAUAAUACAAAUAAAGAUUCCUCCAACCAGAAAGCUGAAAGCGGAGCUUUAAUAGAAGCAGCCAAAUCUAAGAUACAUCAGUAUAAGGUGAGAGCCUAUAUCCAGAUGAAGUCCCUAAAAGCAUGCAAAAGGGAGAUCAAGUCUGUUAUGAAUACAGCUGGGAAUUCAGCUCCUUCUCUCUUUCUAAAGAGCAAUUUUGAAUAUUUGAGAGGCAAUUAUCGGAAAGCAGUCAAACUUUUGAACAGUGCAAACAUUGCCGAACAUCCAGGCUUCAUGAAAACAGGUGAAUGCUUAAGGUGCAUGUUCUGGAACAAUCUUGGCUGCAUCCACUUUGCUAUGGGAAAACACAACUUAGGAAUUUUUUACUUUAAAAAAGCUUUGCAAGAAAACGAUAAUGCGUGUGCACAGCUCGGAACGGGUAGUCCAGACCCAGCUAAGAAGUUUUCAGGCAGACCUAUGUGUACCCUACUGACUAACAAACGCUAUGAGUUGCUCUACAACUGUGGAAUACAACUGCUGCAUAUCGGGAGGCCCUUGGCUGCCUUCGAGUGCCUGAUAGAGGCAGUCCAAGUUUAUCACUCCAACCCGCGUCUCUGGCUGCGAAUAGCAGAAUGCUGCAUUGCUGCCAACAAGGGGACAUCAGAACAAGAAACUAAAGGUCUUCCCAGCAAAAAGGGAAUAGUGCAAUCUAUAGUAGGUCAAGGCUACCACCGGAAGAUAGUCCUCGCAUCCCAGUCAAUACAGAAUGUUGUUUAUAAUGAUGGGCAGUCCUCGGCAAUUCCCGUAGCCAGUAUGGAAUUUGCAGCCAUCUGUCUACGAAAUGCCUUGCUUUUGCUGCCAGAAGAUCAGCAGGAGCCAAAGCAGGAAAACGGGUCUAAAGCUAGUAACCAGCUGGGGGGAAAUGCAGAAAAUAGUGAAAGCAGUGAAGCCUGCAGCAAUAAAAGUCAUGAAGGGGAUAAAUUCAUUGCAGCUCCACCUUCUUCGCCUUUGAAGAAACAGGAAUUGGAAAAUUUAAGGUGCUCAAUCCUUGCCUGCAGCGCGUACGUGGCUCUGGCUUUGGGCGACAACCUCAUGGCGCUGAAUCACGCGGAUAAGCUGCUCCAGCAGCCCAAGCUGUCAGGGUCCCUCAAGUUUCUUGGGCACCUGUAUGCUGCAGAAGCUCUCAUCUCUCUAGACAGAAUCUCUGAUGCCAUCACCCACUUGAACCCUGAGAACGUCACCGAUGUUUCCUUGGGGGUCUCCUCGAACGAGCAAGACCAAGGGUCUGACAAAGGAGAAAACGAGGCGAUGGAGUCUUCCGGCAAGCAGACCCCGCAGUGCUACCCCAGCUCGGUCACAUCUGCGCGGACGAUGAUGCUCUUCAACCUGGGCAGCGCCUACUGCCUGCGCAGCGAGUACGACAAGGCGCGCAAGUGCCUGCAGCAGGCGGCUUCGCUGAUCCAUCCCAAAGAGAUCCCUCCAGAGGCUAUUCUGCUGGCUGUGUAUCUUGAGUUACAGAAUGGGAACACGCAGCUGGCCUUGCAGAUCAUCAAGAGGAACCAGCUCCUGCCCUCGGUGAAGACGCUCUCGGAGCUGCGCAAGAAGCCCGUGUUCCAGCCCGUCCACUCCAUCCAGCCCAUCCAGAUGCCGCCCUUCACCACAGUGCAGAGGAAGUGAGGGCUGUGGGAAGCUGCUGCUGCCCUCCUCCAGGGCCUCGCCUUUUGUAUAUUUUUUUUAAUGUAGGAACCUGGAUACCAGGAUUGCUGGAGUGUGUUCAUUUGUGUAAAUUUUUAAUAAAACACUU